ACAGUAGUGCAGUGUCAUCUCCUCCACGCACGUACAGAGCCCCCAUGACCUUUCUCAUGCCACACCGUCCAGUAGUUUCGGAUCCCCCCGCAUGGCAACAAGGACGGCUCAUCCACACGACCGUGGACCUCUUUCCCCUGCCGCCGAAUUCAACGCCUCUGCUCUCCUACAAGUACUCGCGCACUCCUUCCUACUGCUAUCUUGCCAACGCAUAACUCCGGGAGGGGAGGCAUCGUGUGUUCCGGCUGAGGAUGGAGAAGGAGGAGAGUAGCAAGGAGGUGGCGCCGAGGUACAAGGGGGUACGGCUGAGGAAGUGGGGCAAAUGGGUGGCGGAGGUGAGGUACCCCAACAGCCGGGAAAGGCUGUGGCUCGGCUCGUUCCCGUCGCCCGAGAUGGCAGCGAUGGCAUACGAUGCGGCCGUGUACUGCCUGCGUGGCCCCGGAGAGGCACUCAACUUCCCGGACCAUCCGCCCAACAUACCGUCCGCGGGCAGGCUGAGCCGGUACGAGAUACGGCAGGCGGCGGUUGGGCACGCGGAGGAGGGGGCGAAGCGGAGAGCGCAGCAGGAGGAAGGUGCGAAGCUGGUGGAUCCAGGAGAGGGUACCUCGGGGCCGGGGACGUUUCAGGAGCCAGCGACGGAGACGUUGCCGGCCCUCUACUCCUCCACAAUGGUUAGCGGAGCCUGGUCCUGGGACGACGACGAUGAUGGCGAUGCAUGGUUUCCGCUUUGGAACUUCUGAAUGCCACAUUAAUGCCUCCCAUUCUAAGAAUACGUAUGCAUGUAUAUGGAUUGGAGCUCCACACCACUCAGAGAGGUUUUU